GUCUCUCCUCUCAAAGAUUAAAUAAUAACGAUGUUAUUCGGAUUGAAUUGAAAAAAAUUGACAUUCGGCCUACUGGGGCGCAACUUACUACUUACACAGAUGUUAAACUUGCAGUAUGGUUUCAAUUAAAUACUCAUGACAUCUGUUUGUGUUUGAAUGAAAUGAAGGAUAAAGUUGUCAUCCCUCUUAAUCAG